AUGGCUACGAGGGAGGCUGGCGGUGUGGUGCUGGGCAAGGCGGCCGAGAAGCUCUUCUCCCUCAGCGGGCUGUUCGCCGUGUACAAACCCAAGGGGCCCACCUCGGCCGGCGUGCUCAACCUCCUGAAGGAGAAGCUGCUGGCAGAAGCUGGCAUGCAAACAAAUAUGAACAAAAGAAAUCAGGUUUUGAAAAUUGGACAUGGUGGAACUUUGGACAGUGCAGCUGAAGGAGUUCUGGUGAUUGGUAUUGGAAAAGGAACAAAAAUGCUGGGAACUAUGUUGGCAGGUUCCAAGAAAUACACUGCCAUUGGACUACUGGGCAAAGCUACUGAUACAUUAGAUGCUACAGGAAAAGUAACUGAAGAAAAACCUUAUGACCAGAUAACAAAAGGAGAUCUUGAAAAUGUGCUCCAGAAGUUCACAGGGGACAUAAUGCAGGUUCCUCCACUCUAUUCUGCUUUGAAGAAGGAUGGAGAAAGGCUAUCAACUCUGAUGAAGAGAGGAGAAGCAGUCGAAGCAAAGCCCGCUCGGCCAGUAAGAGUGUACAGCCUGUCUCUUCAACAGUUCCAGCCACCACUGUUCACACUGGAUGUUGAAUGUGGUGGUGGCUUUUAUGUCAGGAGCCUGGUCAGUGACAUUGGCAAAGAACUCUCUACCUGUGCCACUAUGCAAGAGCUGACCCGAACCAAACAUGGGCCAUUUACGCUGGAGGAGCAUGCCCUUCAUGAAGAUAAAUGGACAAUUGAUGAAAUUGCACGAUCCUUAGAGCACUGCACAUCUCUUCUCCCAGGAGAGCCAUCUCAUAAAAAAUUGAAGACAGAGCAUCCUGGUGAAACUGCUGUGAGCUGUGAGGAUAAGUGAUAACUUAGGUCAAGGAAAAAGACUGAAUGAUUGAGACAUUCUAAGAUUGGAUUGGGAUUGUCUUGCCUCCUGUGUAUAUCUGCAAGUCUGUACUGGGAGGGUGACAAACAGCAGUGCAAGAAAAAUGGUUCUUUUGUUUUCUGGGCUGAGAACAUGCACUGAAAAUGUCCAGCUCUUGCUGUUUCCUCAUCUGUUUAUUUUCCUUCUUGCACUCUGUAAAUGGAUCUGCCACUAAUGUCAAAUCUUCAUGAAGUUUUAAAGAACUUGUAGGGUGAAAUAUACCUGUUGUGGCUAAUUCCUCAAUAAAAAUAUAAACGUUACGGUUUGAUAAAUGUGCUCCCCAGAAAAUCAUCUUUUUUUCUUUACAGCUGGUAAUCAAAUCCUGAAAUACCAUGGUGACAAGACUGUGAGAGCCCGAAGGUACAAGAAUGUGCUGUAGCAAUUUACUUUCUUGAAAUCCAUUUCAGGAUCUGUCCAUUUUACUGUAGUUUUUCCUAUGCAGAUUGUUCUUUCAUUCAAAUGUUAUCCAGACUGCAUUAGAUGUCAAUAUUUUACAUUGCCUCAACUGUCAGUGAACAGUAUCAAGUAUAAAGAAUCUCUGAAGAUAACUGUUUGAUAACAAGUGUUCUGAAGAGCGUGGUCAUCGUUACAGGUAUCUUAUUCUGGUACAACAUUCCAGUUCACUAUCCAUAAUUUAGUGAACUGUUAACGCUGUUCACAGGGCUAAGGGAAUUAACUUUUGCCAUCUGUGAAUUGCUUGAGCUGUCUGCUGUGGAUUGGGUAGAAGGUUGAUGUGAUUCUGGGCUUUGACUGUUAUUGUACAGUAUAACCCAUACUAGUUGUACAGAUAAAAAGGAUAAACCAUCAAG